UCUGCGAUUCAGCAGACUUGGCCACAAUCCAUGGUAAUAAUAAUCCGAUGUGCCGACAAUUUCAAACUGCUUUUAAAUAAUUACUUGUAUAUUAUAAAAUAGGUGGCAGAAUAUGUGAUUGGGUCAAUGAGCAUCCAUAUGAGCACGGAAUGACAAUUCGAGACUCGAAUAUCUUGAUAAAACGAACGAAUUUACGCGCACAUAUAUGCGACUUGCCGAGGACAUCCGGCAGCAAUCUGCCGAAAUUACCUCCAAACGCGAGAUUCUACAAUCGGUGGAAACGAAAUCUUCAAAAGUUGAUUCUUGUAUCUACUCAACACCCUUUAACAGGUUUAAUUUUACGCAGCCAAGCAGCUGUUGCUUUCGAAAAGAAAAGACACUCGAGAUCACCUUAUCGAUGGAUGAUUCAUCCAUGUAGUAUGUUAAGAUUCUACUGGGACACAAUAAUGACUCUGACGUUUUUAUAUAUUUUUGUGACAGUUCCACAUAUUAUAUGCUUCUACAGGAUCGGAAAGAGCAGCGGUCCUGAAUAUUGGAAUAUUGUGUAUCCAUUUUACGCCGUUUGUAUUAUUGACAUAUUCUUUAAUUUUAUUACUGGAUUUGUAUCUCCAGAUGGAUAUGAGAUUUUUCUUGAUACUACUCUAAUAGCACGACGUUAUAUAAAAGGAUAUUUCUUCAUUGACUUUGUCAGCUCGAUACCAUAUGCAUGGUUUUACCCAACACUUAUCUUACCGCCUGGUCCAAAUUCAAAUUCUAUAUUACUUAUAAUUGAAUUAUUGCCUAUUUUAAAAUUCAUUCGCAUAUUUACAGUACGACAAAAUGUUCAACACAUCAAUGCAAGUUUUGGAAUCUCUCAAGCUCAACAUAUAACAAUAUGGUUUAUUAUUUUAACAUUAUUAAUUUUUCAUUGGAAUAGCUGUAUAAGUUACGUUUUUCCAUACAUCGUCAUGCAUGUACAAGGAAAAACUUUGGAAAAUUUAGAUGCAAAUUAUAUUCCGAGAAAACUUCAUAAUAUGUCCGACUGGGAAGUUUAUUUGAUGUUUGUGCAUAUUGGCAUAAGUAAUUUUAUAGGUUCGAAUUUUAUAGAAUUCAAAAACUUUGGUAGUUUGGACACAAUAAUAAGAUGCAUACUUCUUCUCUUGGGAAAAGGCUACAUAAUUUAUUUGAUUGUUACGAUCCUGCAACUCUUGGAAUCGUCUGUAAAACCAAAACUCAAAUAUCAACGAAUCAUACACGAAGUAAAAGAAUAUAUUCAUCAGAAGAAGCUUCCGCUAUAUUUACAAAACAAGCUGAUUUUCUAUUACAAAUAUCGCUAUUAUGACUAUUUCUUCAAAGAGAAUACUAUAUCUAAUAUUCUUUCGGGUCAUUUAAAUCAAGAAAUUCUAUUCCAUAGUAGUCAAAGACUGCUAGAUAUUAUGGUUCUUCGCAAUUUGCCCCGUAAUGUUCUUGGUGAUUUAAUAAAUUCGUUAAAGCCAGAGAUAUAUCUCAAGGGAGAUGUAAUUUACAAAGCCAGUACUGAAGGCGAAUAUAUGUAUUUUAUAGCUAGCGGAACCGUUGCACUGAUCACGUUUUCCGGCAAAGAAAUAUAUCAUCUUCACGAUGGUGAUCACUUUGGCGAAGCUGGCUUGAUUUAUCCGAAUCAACGCAGAGAAGAAUCAGUUAUCGCUUUAGAAAUAUGCGAGCUGCUUCGCUUGCAUCGUCGUGAUUUUAAACGCUUUUUUGUCGCAAAUUCGGAGUUUUAUAACAACUUAGAAUAUAUUGUGCAUGAACGUUCGGAAAGAAUUAAGAAGCUGGAAGAACAGAACAUAAGUGAAACGACAAAGCAAUAGUUUUAUUCUCUUUACACAGCUGGAAUUUUAAUUGCGGUGGUUCCAAUACUAUUGAUAUGAUAUUUGAUCAUAUAUCAAAGACAAAAUGAUGAAGCUUGAAAAGAAACUCAUCUCAAAAAGAUAAAAGGUGCCGACGCUGCUUAUCUCUAUUGUAUAUUCUUAUACUAUGAUCGAGGACCAACCCAACAAAGUCUACUAAGGCAAUUGACUCAUUCUUUUGGCCCACUUUCAACAAGUACGGCAUUGGAAUACACUCGCGAUGUAAUAUGCGGUAAAGACCCGAGAAGAUUUGCGCCGCGUAGAUUGCCAGCAAAGCCGCUUCUUCCCAAGAAACUAUGCAAAAAAUCAGAAAGUUGCUUGGCGGUGAUGGCAGCUCGGUCUUUAUCGCUUAACUUACUGCAUGGUAACUAUGGAAAACAUUAUUCAUUCAAACAAAUAAUUCAACUAUGCGAUUUACUUCUGAUAUAAAAUUGUCGUAUUUUGGACAUAGCGCAAUACUUCGACAAUAAUAGAUACUCGAUUUAUAUACUUUAACUUAAAAUUUGAAGAGUCCAGCGGAAUUAAUAUGAGAAAAUUUGCCCUAAA